GGAGCUUCUGUUGGGCAUAGUGAUGCCUUUCUCUGAGGUCACGAGACCACCCACCACUGCCUGUGCUGUAAGACUCGUGAAUGAGACCUCCCAGUGUGGUGGAGAACAAGAAGCUGGGGGCACCGUAAGAAUGUCCUGAAGGAAAGGGACAGAGCAGCAAGAAACUGAAAGCAGUUUCAUUCCCAGGAUGGAAGGCUGCUGGGACUGCUCAUUCUGUCCAGAAGGACAUCAUACAGGCUCCAGGCCUGGGGAUAAGAAUGUUUUGUCUGGUGCCAGAUGUACUCAUGACCCAGUAUGGAAUACACCGCAGGUGCAUGACCUGUCAAGAUGCCAAAUACUAUGUUGUAUGUGCUUGCUGUUAUCAGAUAAUUUGCAAAAAUAAAAGAGGCUUGAGCCAGGGGACUGAUACUUGGGCUCCUGGAGAGUCUUAGCCCCCUGCUUUUCAAUUCUCUCAUCACUGCAUCUUUAGGACCUAUUUCUCUACACCAGAGCAAUCCAGCUACAACAUGACAAUUCCAUAGGGAGAAAGGUUCUCUUGUGUUAGAACAUCACCGUAUUGUAGCCCCCAAUGCAGAGCAGUGUUCUUUUUCCCUGAGACACUUCUGCAGCCCCUGACUCUGCUCUCCAGGGGGCCUCUCUAUGCCCUGAAAGAUGGGGUUCUCACCUCUUGGCCCCACACAGGCCCUCUGGGGGCCAGGAUGCAUCCUGGGCCUUGGCGCUUUCCUUGAGUAGGCACCAUGUUUGUGCUGAUCACAGCAGCUUUACAUGGUAUCUUUUCUGGGCCAGGAGCCACAGCCAGUGUGGCUGGUAGAGUGUAUCUUUAGAGUCAGUGGAGGCUGACAUCAGAGCCUGUGAAUGGGGCCAGGCAGAGCUACUCUGAUGAUUUUUGAGUGCAGCAGAGCAAGCCUCAGCAUUGAAGAAAGGGAGGCUGGUGGUGGUGCAGGACUGAUGGAUGGGGUGCAGAUGGAUGGAUGAGGGAAUGGGGCCAGAGCUUACUGCAAGUAGUCACAGCAGCUGAUUUACUUGUCCUUAUUCAAUAGCUAGCUGGUCUUCCCAGUGCUGUGUAGGUGAUAGUUCUAUGUGAGCACGUAUGUGCUAGGGUGAGUGAGGGCUCAGUAAAUGUCAGCUCUGAGGACUCCAGGGCAGGAGGGCUUGGAUGGGUGUCUUGUGGCUCUGGGGCUGCCAUCUUCUGGGGACUUUCCAAGACCCUGAUGCUGGCUCCUGAGAUGGGAGCCUUCUUCCCAGGUAAGUCCUGAGCAAGGAGAACCCCUCCCCACUCCCACCCCGUGCCAUGCCUGUGUUUCACUGGCCCACUCCUGUGAGUGUCCCUUUGCGGACACUAUCAAUAAGUCCACUUUGUGCCCACUGAUGCAACAUGCACAGGACCCACAACUUCUCUCUGUUUGCACCCGUCACUAAAAAUCCAAGAGGCCAAAGGCCUUGUGGCACUGCAGCCACCCCAACAGGUCCUGUGUUUGGUUUAUUUAUUGGAUAAACACAGCUGCAUGACCAGACAAAUGCCUGUCCACCCCAGUGGGGCUUAUGCUUUAUGGGCAGGGUCAGACACAAAUACACUGCACAGCAAAACACAUCAGACGCGGAGCUCAGGAGCAUGCAAUUUAUAGGGAGCAGUCAGGGCAGGCACCCCAGCAAGAGAACAUUGGAACAGAGGCCAGAAGGAAGUGAAGAAGGAGCUUCAAGGAUAUGUGAAGCAGGAAUGAUCCCAAGGGGCUGAAAGCAAAGGCCCUGUGAUGGGCGUGAGCCUGGGUGUGGAGGAGGAAGAAGGCAGCGGUGUGGAAAGGGAAGGGAGAGCUGAUGAGCAUGGGGGUGGGGAGAAGCCCCCUCUGGCCCUCUGUUUGCUUUUUGAGUACAGCAUGCUUUGGAGCUUCCCUUGGCCCCUCCAUCUGGAGCUUCUGUGUCCCCAUCUCCCAGGGACCCAGUCCUACCAACCUCUGUCCCUUUCAGCUGUGCCCUGAGUAACAUGAAAAAGGUCUCCCUGGAGCUGGGCAGGAAGUCACCCCCCAUCAUCCUUGCUGACUGUGACCUCAGCAAGGCUGUGCAGAUAGUGAGGACCACCUGCAGGUGGACGUGGGGUGCCCAUCUCUGAUUCCACAGUCAAACUCACACAUUUGGCCUAGACUGGCAGGAAGGAGCCUAGGGGACAAAGAAUGACAUAUGUCUUCCAGAAAAAAAACACUUCCCAAGAAGUUUUGUGACUGUCAGAAUUACCAAGAUCAGCUUCACAGAAUAGGAAAUGUUAGCCAUAUUCCCAUCUGUUCUGAUAUCAACAUGAAAACCUCUCCUUUUUGCUGUGUCUGUUUGUCCAGCUCCACCACUGACUCACUGGGCAGCCUCAGGCAAGUUACUUAACCUUUCUGGGCCUCAUGUUCUCACCUGUAUGAUGGGGAGAAUACACCUAUGGUUGUUAUAGGGAUUCAACAAGCUAUUAAGUCCGAAGGGCUUAGAAGAUGUGGCAGGUGCUGUGUGUCAGUUGUUCUUAUGUUUGUAUUGUCACUGUCAUUGUUAUGCCUCAGUCCCCCUCUCCAUACCUUCAGGAGCAAGCCAGUAAGGCCAUGUUCCACCAGUGCCCAAAUAUGCCCCAUUCCAUCUAACCAUCACUGUGCCUUGAAGCACAAUGUGACACCCAGCAUGGACAUGAAAGGGAGUGCAGCCUCAGAUAGGGAAAUUGAGGGAGGCCAGUUCAUCAGCCCAAGGGUCUUGGCCCUGGUGCUAAGGCCAUUGCUGCAGGGCCAGCAACCCAGGCCAUGUCAUUGGUCAGUGCAAUCCCAGCUUCCAUGAGAAUCAAGCAUGACACAGAGCAGUCAGUCUCAUACGCCUCCCCUGGCUGACCACAUAGGGCUCCCCAGGGCAAAAAUACAGGCCCCUUUGAGGAGUGUCCCUCUGAAGACACUUAUUCUAGAUCCCUGCCAGGAGUUCUCUCAGGCCUGAGCUGGCACCCUGUCCCUCCCGAGACAUGGGGCUGCUGCCUGCUCCAAGCUAACAGACCCUCCAGGCUCAGCCCCAUGAGUGUGAGCUCUGACUCCUCCUGUAUCACCCCAGGGAACACGCCUUCAUACAGGGUCUCCAGGCUCACUCCCUGACUCCCUCUUGUCCUCCACUCUCUGCAAUGCAGACACAAGUGUCCCCAGGGGAUGGGACUCAUCUCCCCUCUUGAGGUGAAUGAGUAAUGAGUGGAGCUGGUAUGCCCAGCGCUGGCUGGGCCUGGCCCACCAUCCCAUCAAAGGUCAGGAUAUACACAUUCCUCCCUUACCCUAUAGGAAGGGGGUACCUGGGGCUGAUGGGAUGUGGGGGGGGCUGAUGCCUUGGGAGAGGUUGUAAGCCAGCAUCCUUAUCCAUUCUCUGAAGGGGAUGAGCUUCAACAAAGGCGAGAACAGCAUUGCAGCAGGCCAGCUCUUCGUAGAGAACUCAAUCCACAACCACAUUGUACAGAAGGUGGUAGAAGAGGUGAAGAGGAUGAAGAUCGGUAACCCUUUAGACCAGGACACCAACCAUGGACCGCAGACCCACCAAGCCCACCUAUGGAAGCUAAUAGAGUACUGCCAGCGUGGCGUGGAGGAAGGGGCCAUGUUGGUCUGUGGUGGGAGUCAAGUCCCUCGGCCAGGUUUCUUCUUCGAGCCAACCAUUUCCAUGGAUGUGGAGAACCACAUGUUCAUAGCCAAGGAGGAGUUUGGGCCCAUCAUGAUCAUCUCUCGGUUUGCUGAUGGAUAGGGAGCCCUGCUUAUGUCUCUUGAGAACUGGAUCCUCUUCCUUGCUUUACUGGGUUCUUCCCUUGAGCUUUGUGGGUGGCGGGUGUGGCCAGAAGGAGAAUUCAGGUGGGGUGGGGGCUAAGGACGAAGCCUAACCUAGCCUUCCCAGUCCUUGUCAACCACUGAAGUUAGCAGAGUCCCUGGAGGUCCAGGAAGGCUGGUUCCAACUGAGAGCAUCCACUUCAUCUCUCUGAUGCCUCUCACAGCCUGCUGGUCCUGUUCCCAUUAUCCACUGCUGUGUAAGAAACCAUCCCAAACUCCAGUGGCUUGAAAUAACAAGUUACUUAUUUCACUUGUGAAUCUUCAAUUUGGUCAGCAUUCUAUGGGACUGGCCAUCUCUGCCUCCAUGUCAGGGCCUCUCCUUAGGCUUUCCGUGGCAUGGCAGUUGCUGCUUGGCACCUCACUCACCCAAAAAGGGCCAGUGGAAGAUGUAACCCUCCUCAAGAACCAUCAGUCAGCCUCAGAAACACUGAACCUCACUUUCCCCCUCCUAUUGGUCCAGCAAGUCAUCGAGGCCAGGAGAGGAAUAGGAACCGGCCAUAAUUGCUCUACCACAGACUCUUUUCCUGACUAUUAUUUUUCAGAGUAGAACCUCUGAGCAAAUUCUAGAAUGGCACCUCAUCCUCAAUACACUGUACUUCCAACUGUCAAAAAAUUAUCAAAAUUAUCUUCACAUGCUGUGUUAGAAUGAGACACUUUUCUACUAUCUACCAAGCAAAUAUUGUGGUGAGUCUUCAAGCCUAUGAAG